AUGAAGAUUGGUGGGCUCAUCGAGCCUUUGCAGAGUAGUUGGUAUUGGAAAAAAAUAGUGGAGGUUAAAGAAAGAUUCAAGCAUCUUAUUGACAUUCCAAGAUUCAUUCAGGAAGAAUAUACCAUCAAAAAUGGUUAUCAACUUCUUUGUACAGCCUCAAACCGUACCCAAUGGUGCUCAGAAGUAUGGGGUAGACUCAACAUACCGAAACUUAGUAUCAUUUUGUGGUUGGCCAUGCUCGACAGAUUAAAAACUAAGCAAAGAUUAUUGAGAUUUCAGAUGGUGAACAACUCAUUAUGCUUGUUUUGUGAUAUUCAUGAAGAAAGUGUAACUCACCUUUUCUUUGAUUGUCAUCUUAGUAAGAGAUGUAUACAACAGGUGAAAGCGAAGAUGCAAUGGGCUGCUCAAACUGAAUCACUAAGCAGCCUUAUGAGAUGGAUUUCUCGGGCUCACUUGAGCAAGUUUUGGAAAAUGGUGUAUGCGGAUGUUGUGGCUGCGGUGGUCUACCACAUUUGGAAAGCACGGAAUGAAGUUGUUUGGCUACUUCAGGUGAAAAGGAUAGAGAUAAUUGUGCAUAAUAUUGUUAGUGAUGUAAAAAAUAGAGUAAAGAGUGUCAUGCCGAAAAAAAGUCAAUAA